UCUCUCUCAUCUACCAGUCCAUUCGGUUCCUCUCUCCUCCGACCAACUGAGGAGCAAUAACAACCAUACGAUGUCCGCUGUGAAGUGUCUGGUGUCUCUGAUGGUGGUGCUGGUGGCUGCAGUGUGUGUGGUUCAUGCACAGGAGAGGAUUAAGAUGUGUGGGAGAGAGCUGAUACGUCUGGCCGUCUCGUCCUGCGGUAACUCUCGGCUGAGGAGAAGCAUCCCGGACGUGGAACUGGGGCAGCGUCAGUACACCUCUCACUGGGACCAGGACGCCUCCACAAAGGAGCACCAGGCUAUGGAGAUGGUCCACAUCCCUCAAGAGGAUGUUGUCCCGCUGGCUCCUCACUGGUACCCCUUGUCCUCUCGGAUGAGACGUGCUGCUGGGAAAAUAUCUGAUAUUUGCUGUCAGGAAGGAUGCAGCAUGAAAGAGUUGAUCCAGUUUUGCUAGAUGCAUCUCCCUUCUUGUCAUGCAGCAAAAAUGUGGUCUGCACUGGGAAGCUGCUUAAAGGGAGCUUUUCCAUGUUGCCUUAUCCUUGCUGUAAUAUUCUGACCAAAACUACACAUAUUCAGUUAUAGAAACUUGAUCUUAUUAGAUAAAUUAUUUACUGUCAUACUGCAGGGCAAAAAAAUGCAGGUUUUAUGUACAAAACACAGGUUUUGUGAAUAAAACAUUCAAAUUGAAAUUAAAGUGACUUUUUAUUUUUGUGUUAAUAUAAUUUAUUCUUUGUAUCACUGUAGAAAAAAUAAUCUGCAACUGUUAA